AUGUCGUCCAACGUCGGCCUUUCCACACCCCGCGGGUCCGGCACCUCAGGCUACGUCCAGCGCAACCUCUCCCUCCUGAAACCUCGAGCCGCGGGCGUCGGCGUGCCUUACAGCCUCGACUCCGCGGCAAAGGCGCCACCCAAGGUGCGCAAGCCGGACCAAGAGAUCCUGAACCACGACCGACUGAGAGAGAUCGAGGUCCAAGUUUUGGAGUUGCGGGAGAAAUUGGAGGACGAAGAAGAAGAAGAAAUCGACGAGGAUAAGAUUGACGAGCAGUGCGAUCGGUUGAGGGAGAAGUUGACGAGAGAGAUGGAGAGAGAGAAGCAGCAACGCACGGGACCUAGGAGGGUCGACGGCAAGGGGCUGAAGAGUUAUCAGGUGCACGAGCUGGCUGAGGCCAAGGAACGGGAGAGCGAGCGGUUACGCAGAGCGCUGGGUCUCAAGCCCGGCGAAAUUCCAGAGGAUGGGGAGCAUCCGAUGGCGAGGCAGGAGAAGAGGCGGCGCGAACGAGAGGGAUUGCAGGAGAAGCCUGAUGCCGAUGAACGUGCCUGA